GUGUUGUGAAAUUGCGCCGGUUUCUUAAAGUAAAUAUAUAUACAAUUUAUAUCAACUAAAUGGCAUCUAAUAAGGAGUGUCUUAUUAUUGUGUUGGACGUGCGAAGCUGCGCCGCAGAGGAAUUCAAACUAAAGUCUGUGAAAUGCAUUGCAGAAAUACUUAAGGAUAAGAUUGUCUGCGACAGGAAGGAUUUUGUGUCAUUUGUGCUAGUGGGGUGUGAAGAGAGCGAGAAUGAAAUACACGCCGAAGACAAAGAUGCAUGCCAGAAUGUGGUGCAAUAUUCGGCGACACAAGUUUGCAACUGGCAACUGUUGCUGAAUUUCUUCAAAUUUGUGAAUAAGACGCCUUGCGAUGAGGGCAACUGGCUGGAUGGUCUCCAAGUGGCUGUGGCCCUGCAAGAAACAGCGGCUGGGCUAUUCAGAUUCACUCGAAGGCGUAUUUUACUUUUGUAUGAUUUCAACUUUAUGACACAGAAAUACGAUGACUACAAGACAAUCACUGACAGAAUGCUUAAGGACGAAAUAGAAUUGAUUGUGGGCACACACAACAUCGCCUACAUCGACAAUGCGGCGACUAAUCAGCCCCAGGCCAUUUUUCAGAUGUCGCGCAAGGCGAACCUAUUUGAGCAGGAGAAUCAGAAAUAUGCCCUGCAACUUGUCAGCAAUUGCAAUGCUAUGCUGUGCACCUUCAAGGAAGCACUGGCCACGGUAUUUAAGAUAACAAAUAAACGGCCCUGGGUGUGGAAUGCCAAGCUGCACAUCGGCAAAGUGAUUGCGAUUCACUUGCAAGGCAUCAUUGCAAUGAAGAACGAGCGUCACAUCAAGCUCAAGAAGGUUUGGGGCGAAGCGGAGGAGUUGGUGGAUCGCGAGGAGCGGUAUUUUAUAAAAGGCACCGAGGUGACGCCGCUGCCCGAAGAUCUCAUCGAUGGCUAUAUGCUGGGCGGCACUCCAGUUCCCUACGAUGAAACGAUUGUGGAGCGCCCGGCGGCGCAUUCGCCGGGUCUGCAUUUCGUAGGCUUUGUGAAGCGCAGCAGCAUACCCGAUGCCUACUUUUGCGGCGAAUCUCUGUACAUGCUGGUGCACCAGAAGGGAAACGAGACAUCGGCACGGAAACUGGACGCAUUGGUCCGAGCAUUGUUGCAGCGCCAGUGCGUCAUACUCUGCUGGAAGAUAUUCAGUGUGAAGUUCAAUACGCCGCGCAUUGUGGUGCUGAUGCCGCAGGACUCAACGGAGCAUCGACCAGCGACAUUAUAUAUGCUCGAGUUGUCGUAUCAUGCCCAGCAUCAGUUCUGGGAUUUUCCCGCUAUCCGCACCGCAAAGACCGAGUGCAGCGCGGAUCAGUUGCAGGCAGUCGAUAAGCUGAUCGAUAGCAUGGAUCUCGAAUGUCUGCUGAAUGAUACCCAGUUGCCCAGGCAGCAGCGACAGGCUGAUCUGCUGCCUUUCGAUGGGCUGCCCAGCAUCUUUGAGCAGAACGUGAUGGAUGUGUUGGAGCGCAAGGUUGUCUGCCAGACAUCGGACGAUGGGCCUCUCCUGGAAAUGAUGCGCGAAAAAAAGUUUGUGGAGAUGUAUUGGCGUGUGCCCGAACCGAUUGAGGAGAAGUCCAAACAGGCGGCGGCGGCACUAAAAAAACUAUUCCCAUUAGAGCACAGUCACGCCUGGCUAGAGAAGCUCAAAGCCAAGGAGCAGGAGUCGAAUGCGCCGCCUACGAUAAAACAGGAACGCCCAGACUCGGAAAACACCACACCCAUCACCAUAGAAUGCGUGGGCUUGAUGACUCCCGCCGAAGACUACAGGCAGCUGUUGGAGCAAGUGCGCUCCAUGGCAAAUACAACGCUACGCGACGUCCAAUUCCAAUCGCUUGCUGCUCAGAUGCGCGUAGUUGUUAUAACGCUUCUGGAACGCAACAAACUGAAUCUGAAUCAGUUGAGCGAAAUGCUCGCAAUGCAUCGGGACAGUUGCCUGGAGUUCAAUAGCUUUGGGGAAUACAAUCAAUUUGCGGCACAGCUGAAAGCAAAGGCAUCCGAUAGAAAUCUGCAUGAGUUUUGGACGAACGUGAUCGUGGAGAAACAGUUGGGGCCGCUGGUCCUGGGUGAGCCAACAUUGGAAGAUGAGCUGCGUUUGAUGGCGUACUAUACGAUUCCGGAGUUUCCAGCGGCAGCUGCUAACGAAGAUCAGGAAAUGCACCAGGAUAAAUAAAAUAUUGUUUCUAAAUUGAAUUGCUUACUUUAAGUAUGCAAUGCAAAACUUUUUCCAUUAUCUAAGAAGAAAUAGAAAACGAAAUAUACGAAGACAAAUGACA